AGUGUUUUUUCUUUAACAUUUCCAAGUAAACAGUAAAAAUAUAAAAAUGGGUUUUGACACGCGUCUACUUAACGUGUUAGUAUUAAGCUGUGGAUUUAUGCUGACUUUUACCGCAUUCCAAACUAUGGGAAAUAUCGAGAAAACGAUAUUGGAGAGUAUCGCUGCAGACGAUCCAUCAUUCCACGCUGACGGUUACACGAGUUUGGCGAUAAUAUACGCUGUGUUCGCAAUAUUCAUCUGGUUGGUACCGUCGUUUAUAUCAAUAACAGGUCCACGCACAGCGAUCAUUGCAGGAUGUUCUUGCUACGUGGCAUUUAUAGCAUCGUUUCUCUGGCCUCAAACGGAGUUACUAUACGUGGUAUCAGCGAUCCUUGGUAUUGGCGCAUCGUUGAUAUGGACCGGUCAAGGAACAUAUUUAACGCAGAACAGUGAUUCUGAAACAAUGUCGAGAAACGCUAGUAUAUUUUGGGCAAUAUUCCAGUGCUCGUUAUUCGCAGGGAAUCUAUUCGUCUAUUUCACAUUUUCCGGACCAACGAUAAACGAAUCGACAAGGAACACUGUAUUCUGGGUGUUAACAGCGGUGGCAAUUUUUGGAUUAUUGUUACUCGCCACAUUAAGAAAAGCUGCGCAAGGACUAGAAAUUGGAGAAGCUGAGGGUGUAUCAAGUGCCGACAAAGAACUGCACAUCCCUGAACCAGUGAGAGAAAAACCUUUGAUAGCUGCUUGGCACGCGUUAAGAGAUUCCUUACGUCUUUUUGUGACGGGAAAGAUGAUGUUGUUAUCCAUAACAUUUUUCUACGCUGGUUUAGUCCUUACAUUUUUUUCCGGUGUAUAUUCAUCCAGCGUUGGGUUUACCAAAGCGAUGGGUGACAACGCUAAAAGUCUGGUAGGUUUAUCAGGAAUUUGUAUCGGAUGUGGUGAAGUAGUUGCUGGUGCAUUAUUUGGUAUUUUAGCGUCAAAAACUGCAAGAUUUGGACGCGAUCCAAUAGUGAUAAUCGGUUUUGUCGUUCACAUGUUUGCCUUCUGUACAAUAUUCUUGAAUCUUCCCGACAAUUCACCUUUCCAAGACACGGAGGCAACAGGUUUCAUAUCUCCGUCACCUGCUCUAGCGAUGGUAGGAGCUGUAGCUUUAGGAUUUGGUGACGCGUGUUUCAAUACCCAGGUAUAUUCCCUCCUGGGUGUGCUCUAUGCCAAAGACAGUGCGCCAGCAUUUGCACUUUUCAAAUUUAUGCAAUCCGCAGCUGCAACCAUAAGUUUUUUAUACAGUAGUCACAUAGGACUUUAUAUACAAUUGGGUAUACUGGUAAUUUUUGUGAUAAUGGGUACGAUAAGUUUCUGUCUAGUCGAACUUCUUUUGAGAAAAGAAAAAGCGAAUGAAAGUCCAGAGGUGAUACCGGCUCUGGUCGAUACUACAUGCCGAUUGGAUGCGUGAUAAUAAAAUAAUCAUAUAUUAUCACAAUUCUCAGGAUAAAUUCAUUCCUACAAAAAAUGCACAAAUGCGUGUACACAUUUAACUAUAGAUCACGUCUUCCCGCCCAAAGUUACAUGGGAUAUUAUUCUACCUUUAUUUUUCAAACGAGAUCUAAACAAUUUCACGACUCAAGAUAAGACAUGUAAAUACGAUAAAUCACUAGUUACUAGGUCUACCGAAUGACGAUUAAUUGAACUGAUAAAAAAAAAAGAAAAAAUGGAACCAAUAAUUUUCUAGAUACCGCGACUAGCCGUUGUUCGAUAUUUACCACGUUAUGUACAUAUUGUUUGGUCGCCUACGGUAGUAUGGAGAAAAAAAAAAAAGACAAGUUUAAUAACGAUGUGAGUAAUAUAACUGGUAUGUUAUUUCAUAGUAUAGAUGAGGUUACAGAAGUUUCAUCUACAAAUAAUGUCCAUCAGAUGUUUGUUUAACGUGAGGAAGGAGUGACAGUUUAUCCUGAUAAAAUAAAAUGCACGAAGGACAAACACGAAAUAAAAAAAUAAAAAACGUUGCUCUAGUUUCGAUGAUCCCUGUAGCUGAUUAAAACCCGAUCGAUAAAAUAAUCAUUUUUCCAACGGUUGUUCUGAAAGGUCUAUUAUAAAAUCACUACACUGUAAUGUGACAAAAAAAGAACAAUGAGAAAAAAAAAAAAAAAUUAAAUAAAAAGAACGAUCGAUAUUAAGCAAUCCAAUUUGUAUUAUCACUGUUUUGAAGAAUUUUUAUACAAGUGCAUCACCAUUAUCUAUUAAUGUCAAGAGGGAAUGAAAUGAUCGCGUGUCAUUCAAUAAAUCAUUUAGUAUAUGCUAGUAAGCGCGAAACCUUAAUUUGGAGUACUUGAACUGAAAACAAAAUACAAGAAAAGAAAAAGAAAAAUGUUGUAUCUCAACGAGCCAUAUUCUUUUUUUGUUCAUGUAACUAUAUUGUAUAAUUAUUCCAAUUGUCUUCCGCCCGUCAAAGUGCGUUGUUAAUAUGAUAGCAUAACAAUUAAUGUAAUUGUAGCAUUUAUAUAGAAAAAAAAGAUGAAAAAAAAUAAAUUUUAUACUGUAAAAUAUCUGUAAAGUUAUAUAAAUAGUUGAUAUCGAGCGACGAAGCCAUUAUUACGUUGUUAUUGAACAAAAAAAACAUAAAACUAAAAAUAAAAUAAUAUAUGUAUGAAUCGAUAUAAAUGAAAUGAAAUACGAGAAAAAAAAAGAAACUGUUUCAUCGAUACCGAAUGAAUUUAUAGAAUUAUAAUAAACGUUAUUACCUAUCUUUA